CACACGCGAAUUUCAGGGCCGGGAAAGCUCCGUGGCCUCGCCUCGGCCCCUCGGCGGGCGGCAGCAGGAGCCCAAGCCCCGAGAUGGCGGCAGCGGCGGGGAGGGGAACGGCGAGCCCAGGUGAGCGGGCCGGGGCGUGCGGCAGAGCCCGGGCGUUCUCUGGCCCCAGGGCCAGCCCGGGCGGCUCCGGGCGUGAGUCAGAGCGCGGGGCGUGGAGGGGCGGCCGCCUGUGCGAGCGAGCGGCGACCGAGUGAGAGCGGCUCCGCCGGGCGGAGGCGGGGGCAGCGUGUCCGGCCCAGACCCCUCCUCCCGCCUUCCUCCGCCCGCUCCCUCCUCCCUCCCUGCGCGGCUCUCCCGGGGACGCGGAGAGGCGCCGCCGGGCCCGGGGCCUGGACAGCACGGGUGCCCGCCCUCUUCCACCGCCGCUCGCAGCGCCGGCCGCGGGCUGGAUGUAGCCGGGCGCCCCGCGGGGGCUGCAGCAGCAAGAUGGCGGAUCUGUCGCUGCUUCAGGAGGACCUGCAGGAGGAUAUCGACGGAUUUGGUGUGGAUGACUACAGCUCAGAGUCUGAUGUGAUUAUUAUACCUUCAGCCCUGGACUUUGUCUCACAAGAUGAAAUGUUGACGCCGUUGGGAAGAUUGGACAAGUACGCUGCAAGUGAGAACAUAUUUAACAGGCAAAUGGUGGCUCGAAGUUUGCUGGACACUUUGAAAGAAGUCAGUGAUGAUGAGAGAGAUUGUAUUGCUGUGUUGGAGAGAAUCAGCAGAUUAGCUGAUGAUUCAGAGCCAACAGUGCGGGCAGAGCUGAUGGAACAGGUGCCUCAUAUUGCUAUGUUCUGUCAAGAAAACAGACCUUCAAUCCCAUAUGCUUUCUCCAAAUACUUACUGCCUAUUGUGGUGCGAUACCUCGCAGACCAGAAUAACCAGGUAAGAAAAACAAGCCAGGCAGCAUUGUUAGUUCUGUUGGAGCAAGAACUCAUAGAGAGAUACGAUGUGGAGACCAAAGUCUGUCCUGUUCUGAUAGAUCUGACAGCUCCAGACAGCAACGAUGAUGUGAAGACGGAGGCUGUGGCUAUUAUGUGUAAAAUGGCCUCCAUGGUGGGAAAGGACAUCACGGAAAGACUUGUUCUUCCUCGGUUUUGCGAGAUGUGCUGUGACUGCAGAAUGUUUCAUGUUCGUAAGGUAUGUGCAGCCAAUUUUGGAGACAUCUGCAGUGUGGUUGGACAGCAAGCCACUGAAGAGAUGCUGCUGCCGAGGUUUUUCCAGCUCUGCUCUGAUAAUGUGUGGGGAGUUAGGAAAGCCUGUGCUGAAUGCUUCAUGGCAGUUUCUUGUGCAACAUCACAGGAGGUCCGGAGGACAAAAUUGUCAACCCUUUUUAUUAAUUUGAUUAGUGAUCCUUCACGAUGGGUCCGCCAAGCAGCUUUUCAGUCUCUGGGGCCUUUCAUAUCAACUUUUGCUAAUCCAUCCAGCAGUGGCCAGUAUUUUAAAGAAGAAGAUGGUAAAAACACAGAAGAUUGUGGUUCUGCACAGGAAAAUAGUGAACAAGUCAGGACCACAGAAGAUGUCACAACAGAUGAAGAGCACAACAGGACAGAGGAUCUGUCUCCACAUGUUGUUGAUAGCGAUGAUCUUGCAACAAAACUUGAAAAUGCCAUGGAAGAUCAAAAUACAGUGUCAAAUAACUCCCAGAGGGAAAGUGAUUACCAGACUGAGUCAUCCUUCCAUUGCACUUUGUCUUCAGAAUCUUGUAGGGAAAUGGCGGAUGAGAAUGAGGAGAGUUCUCAUUGCUGUACAGCAGGUCUGCGGGAGGCUGGGCUGAAUUCACAGGAAACCUCUCUUCCAGAGCAGGAAUUGUACAACUCUUUCCAUUUCUGGAGGACUCCACUUCCUGAAAUAGACAUUGACUUUGAGCUUCAGCAGACUUCUGAUAUAAAACUCGAUAGAGAAAUUCAGGAACUCACUAUGCCAGUGUCUCCAAGCAUUCCUAUGGCAACAAGGAAAGAAUUAGAAGAAAUGAUAGAAAAUUUGGAACCCCAUAUAGAUGAUCCAGAUGUUAAAGCACAAGUGGAGGUGUUGUCUGCUGCGCUCAGAGCAUCCAGUUUGGAUCCUCAAGAAGAGACAAUGGCCAGCGUCAGCAAGGGGACAGAUUCACAGACUGAACUAACUAUCAAUGACCAACAAAGUUUUAAACCUAUACUGGGUGAUAUUGUGCCUUUAAUUGGUGAUACUGUUGAGAGUAUGGAUUCUACACUUCACUAUAUUCAUAAUGAUUCAGAUCUAAGCACCAACAGUAGUUUCAGCCCUGAAGAAGAAAGAAAAUCCAAAGUACAGGAUGUGGUACCUCAAGCCUUGCUGGAUCAGUACUUAUCAAUGACUGAUCCGUCUCGCGCACAAACAGUCGAUACCGAGAUUGCCAAGCACUGUGCCUACAGCCUGCCAGGGGUGGCUCUGACACUGGGCAGGCAGAACUGGCACUGUCUGAAAGACACCUAUGAGACACUGGCGUCUGACAUGCAGGUAAGCUCAAGCAGCUCUCACAGCAAGUGACCUGAACUUCUGUGA